AUGGUGCAACCCGAACAGCAGCAGCGCAAGGAGGAGAAGGCUACCGGAGGUGUUGCCGCCCGCUUGGAUUAUGAGAUGGACCAGAUGUCCGACUUUGUGGCUGAGAUGGCCCAGGGAAUGUAUGCUUUGUACAACACCAAAAUUCACCUAGCAGAUAUUGACUUCGCGCGAAGCGUCUACCCAGGAACGUCAGUCCCGCCGCAAUUCCGGAAGUACGUCUUUCAGAUUCUGUCGUCGACUCGCCUGCCAAGCUCGACGAUUCUUCUGGGUCUCUACUAUCUAGCCAGCAGGAUGCGCAUGCUGUCCUCUUCCAAGGUGUUUGUGUCUGGCAAUGGUCAAGUUUACCGGAUGCUCACCGUAGCCCUCCUUCUGGGGAGCAAAUUUUUGGACGAUAACACCUUCCAGAACAAAUCGUGGGCGGAGGUCAGCAACAUCCCUGUGAGCGAGCUGAAUACGAUGGAGCUCGAAUGGUUAUUCGCUUUUGAGUGGAAGAUUCACGACCGCAUCUAUGACGAUCAGGACGGAUUCGCAUCCUGGCGCUCUCACUGGGACACGUGGCGUGCGAAGACCGCCCGGGCCCAUGAUUCGCGUCACAACCUGGCCCCGAUCGACACUAACGUGUCCAGGAGUUCUAGAAUCUCCAAGCCGCUCAUGUCCCCUGAAGGUCCCAUCCCUCCCCAGUACCAGCGUAGCUCUCACUUUGAGACUUCCUGGCUCAACCCGGCGGCGUCUGAGUAUUCGCCCCCGUCGGCCCCCCACAGUGGUCCUAACACCCCAGACUAUUACGCUGUUGGGCCGUGGGCCUAUACGAACCCGCCACCGCCAUAUUCCCGGACCUGGAUCCCUCCCCAGCCACAGUACAUGCCACGGUCGCAACCGCCCUCCUACCACCAUACCCCGUCAUAUGCGUUGCCUUUUGCACAGAGCGUAUGGACAGGUCACGGUUCCUCCUGCGGUUGUUUGCAUUGUGCUAAACACGUUGAGCACUACAUGUGCGCUGGUGCUUUCGGCGGAAUGCAACCGAUCCUUGCCGGCUAG